AUGGGCCGCCUCAAAGUGGGCAGCAAGCAAAGCACGCGGUCCAAGCAUAUUCAAGACACAGCGCUCGUACUGCUGGCACGGUACCGAGUGGGCAGCAAGGAAGCAGCCAAAGCCAACCCUCUUGCUCGAGACUGGACGCUCGCAUGGAUCGCGCAGCUCGAAGGGGACAACAAGCAAAGGACCAAGACUCAUCAUCUUCCUCCAUACACGAUACUCUCAGUGACUGGACAACUGGGCGUGGGUGGAAGGAAAGCCACCAAGACCCACCACCUGACAGGCGAGGAGGAGCAUCAAGGGCCGAGCCAAAAGGUUUUCCAGAACCAUCACCGCGUUGAAGACAUGGAGGUGCUGACAGCGGGGAUGAACAAAUUACCCCCUCCAUGUUGGGGAGACGAACGGGUCAUUCUCCCUCUCGCCCAAGAGCAGUUGAGGGAAGAAGAUUUUUACAGACGCCAAGAGCAGGAAAUGGAUGACAUCUGGGGUAUGUAUGCAAAAGAAAGAGAAGCGCUGGCGGCUGUCCACACCCCCGAACCGGAGAAACAUUGGACACCUGUGUUUGAGGAGCCGGGGAUUUUGGAGCGCAAAACUCCUCUGUGGGACGAGGUUUGGGCACACUCUGUGCUAGGAGGAGAGGCUUGGAUGCGUAAUUUAUUGGGCGAAAACGAAACUUGGCCGCAAGAACCACCAGAAGAAACAGACAUUUGGACGCGUGAAGAAGGUGGGAUGUUGAGUGCGGCCGUUUUGAAACGACUUUUGCGUGUAUUCACUAUUCAGGCGGCACAGGAAGAAGAACGAUUUCAAGAUUCACUGAAGGACGAAGGACCUCAAAGAUCAGACGAAAGCGACACGGUCUCUUCCACAUUGCGAACCCCAGAAGGGGAUGAGGUUACACUGAGUUUUAGCGAGGAUUUCACAAGCGCGGGUUAUCCGCCUUUAGCUUCCCAAGCGCAGCAUUGA